AUGUCAUCGUCAGAAGGCGCCCCGGAGUCAUGGAUCUCCUCAUUCUGCUCCCUCAUGGGCCAUGAGUUUUUCGCAGAGGUGUCCGAGGAUUUCAUUGAGGAUGACUUCAACUUAACCGGCUUACAAUCACAGGUGCCAAUGUACAAGGAAGCCCUGGAGAUGAUUUUGGAUGUAGAGCCCGAGGAUGACGAAGAGGAAGAGGAGGAAGAGGAGGAAGAGGAAGAUGACGAUGAGAUAUUGGGAGAUGAGCGGCCCCUGGGCUACCGGAGAGCCGGCGAUCGGCGCCAUGCCCGCGUAGCCAGCGAUUUAAGCGUCAUUGAAAGCUCCGCAGAGCUCCUCUAUGGUCUCAUUCACCAGCGGUAUAUCACCUCACGCCCCGGUAUCCAGCAAAUGCUGGAAAAGUACGAGAUGCAACACUUCGGCGUCUGUCCACGCGUCAACUGUAGCGGAUGUAAAGUCUUGCCUGUUGGACGAUCGGACACACCUGGGCAAGAAACGGUCAAGCUGUUCUGCCCUGGCUGUAUGGAUAUUUACACACCACCUAAUAGCCGUUUCCACUCGGUUGAUGGGGCCUUUUUUGGUACCACGUUCGGUUGUUUGUUCUUCAUGACCUUCCCUGAUUUGAGUGUUGGCCCGCGGCUUGACGCCUCGCUGUCCCCGACUAGUCGCUUGUCAUCGUCUGCCAACCGACCUACUCAAUCCUCUGCGCCGGACCUUGAGACUCCUACUCCCGAGGAACAACCACUGGAGAUCAACGGGGUACACACACUCAAUUUCUGCCCUGGACUCGGACGAGGCAAAAUCUACGAUCCUAAGAUCUACGGAUUCAAGGUCUCCGAAGCCUCACGGGUGGGUCCGCGCAUGAAGUGGCUCCGAAUGAAGCCCAGAAAUAUUUACGAGCUCGACGAAGCAGCCCAGCACGAGAGAGUUACACCUUCCGAGCCCGAUGCAGAUAAGGAUGGCGACACAGAGAUGGACCCCAAUCAGGCCCAGGACGCAGUCAUUGCUAACCGGAAAAAGGCACCCAUGCGGCGGCGGCGACAGCAAGGGGAGGCAGCUCCAUCAGACCAGAUCAGCACUCGAGGAGCUGAUAUUGGCUAG